CUGCCGGCCAGCCGGCAGCAAUAGAGGGCCUGACUGGGUGCCCUCGCGUCCCGCCUCCCUCCACGCGUGACUGAGGGCCGCACACCCUGCAUGUGUCUGUCUGCCCGCCUGUCUGUCCAGCCCCGGUGCAGCCGACGGGUCCCCGAGGACUCCCUCAUCCUUCUGCGUGGCUGUCUUCUGGCACUACCUUCCUCUCCGGGGACACCUGUUCAGAAGCCCAGCUGUCCCGCGUCUGAGUGACUGUCUGGUGGCCCGAACAGGGUGUGGAUUCUCUGAGACUGGCUUUCUCAGACCCUCAUCUCCCCCUGUGCCCCAAACCCAGCCGCCACUGCCAGGAGGCCACCAGAUCGCCCCCCGGCACCCAGAAUGGAAGUCUGAGCCCACGGAGGCAGCAGGCUCCUGCCGGAGCGGCCAUUCAGCAUGCAACCUCGUGGCUGGGUCGUGGCUCUGCUCCUGCCGCUGCUCCAGGAUGGCUGGUGCUGCCCAGACUUCGACUGCUAUACCGACUACCUCCAGACGGUCACCUGUGUCGUGGAGAUGUGGAGCUUGCACCCCAGCGUGCUCGCUCUUACCUGGAAAGACCCGGACUUGGAACUGCAGGAUGAGGCCACCUUCUGCAGCCUGCAUCGGUCCAGCCACAAUGCCACACACGCCACGUACACGUGCCACAUGGACGUGUUCCACUUCCUGGCUGACGACAUUUUCACUGUCAACGUGACGGAUGGCUCUGGCGACUUCUCAGAGGAGUGUGGCAGUUUCAUGCUGGCUGAGAGAAUCAAGCCGGCUCCUCCUUUCAAUGUGACGGUGACCUUCUCGGGCCGCUACGUCGUCACCUGGCGCUCUGAUUACGAAGACCCCGUCUUCUACCCGCUUCGGGGCAAGCUGCAGUACGAGCUUCGCUACAGGAACCGGGCCGACCCCUUGGCGCUGAGUCCAGUGACAAAGCUGAUCUCAGUGGAUUCCAGAAGGGUUUCCCUUCUCCCCGGAGAGUUCCGCAAAAACGCGAGCUAUGAGCUGCAGGUACGGGCGGGACCUCAGCCCGGCUCCUCCUUCGGGGGGACGUGGAGUGAGUGGAGCGACCCUGUCAUCUUCCAGACCCAGCCUGAGGAGUCUGAGGCAGGCUGGGACAGCCGCCUGCUGCUCCUGCUCCUGUCCUUGGUGGUCUUGCUUCCCCCGGCCAUUGUCUUCGCGGGCCUGAAGAUCCGCCUGCCUUGGAGGCUGUGGAAGGAAGUGUGGGCACCGGUGCCCAGCCCGGAGAGGUUCUUCCAGCCCCUGUAUGAGGGCCACAAAGGAGACUUCAAGAAGUGGGUGGGCGCCCCCUUCACGGCCUCCAGCCUGCAGCUGGGACCCUGGAGCCCUGCAGCACCCUCCCUCCUGGAGGUACCUGACUACCGCCCAUCCCGGAGUCUCGCCAAGGGGCUGGAGGCCUUGGAGCUGCCGGGCCCCACAGAUCUGCUGGAGACUGACGGGACACCGGAGCCCGGGGCUUCCUCCGUAGCCAGCAGUCCAUGCGGCUCUGACUGCGGUGAGAAGGACCGACCGUACGGCCUGUUGUCCAUCGACACAGUGAAGGUGGCGGAGGAACCAUACCCGCAGCCUUGCAGCUGUGGGAACGAUGGCUACCCAGCCUUGGACCUGGACACUGGCCCGGAGUCUGGCCCCAGCUUGGAGGACCCGCUCCUGAACACCGGGACCACGGUUCUGUCCUGUGGCUGCGUCUCGGCAGGGGGCCCUGGGCCAGGCUGGCUGUUGGGCAGCCUGCUGGACAGGCUGAAGCUGCCCCCUGCAGAUGAGGACUGGGCCAUGGGGCUGCCCUGGGGUGGGGUGUCCCCUGGCGAGGUCUCUGAGAGCGAGGUGGGCUCACCCCCCGCCAGCCUGGACAUGGACACACUCGAUAGCGGCUUUGCGGGCUCGGACUGCGGCAGCCCCCUGGAGUGUGACUUUGCUAGCCCCAGCCAGGACGAGGGGCCUCCCCGGAGCUACCUCCGCCAAUGGGUGAUCGUAGAGCCUCCGCCUGAGGGCCCCAAGCCGCAGGCCAGCUAGAGACGUGGCCCGGCUGUCCAGGGCUGGCCGUGUCCCUGGGCCAUGGCAAGCCCAGUGUCAGGGCACAGAGACAGGGCCACCUGGGUGGUGACAGGAAGAGGCCGCAGUUGUGGCCUCUGGCCCAGUGUUUACAGUGUUUAUGUCUGUGGACAUGUGCAAGAGUCAUGGUGUCACCAGCCACACCUGUGUCUGCUCCCGUGCCAUGGGUGUGGGUGGCUGGAGAGCCUGGGGGACGCAGACCCCAGCCUCCCCCUCCCCUGCCACACCAGAGCAGACUGCUGGGCUUGAACAUCAUUGGGGACAGGCGUCACUGUCAGCCUCCGCCACCCCAGGGUCCCACCACAAGGAGCCAAAGAAAUCCAGGCUGCUCCUGCCAUCUCUCAGGAAGAGGAGGGGACGGAGUGAGGCCAAGGGAACCCGGGGAGUGACAAGGCUCCAGGCCUGAGUGCCGGCUCUGCUGCUCCUCGUCUGUGCAUCUGGGCUGGGCGAGCAACAGAGCCCGCCUCGCUCGCUCGGGGAGCACAGGUCAGCGCCAGGCGCUGGCGGAGCAGCUUCCUGUGCCUGUGGCCGGCCGGCUGCAGCCGUGGUGGGAGGGGUGAGAGCAGCCGGCGCCCGGGGCUACCGCUCAGCAGGCCAAGGGGCUUUCCAGGCAGAAAGCCACUGGGCCUUGUCUCAGAAACAGCCCCCACCAACCAAGAUGUCUUUUUCUGGCUUCUCCCACCCAUUCUUUAAAAAUCCCCUUACACACCCAAGAACUAUUUAUCAAGCACAUGCCAGGCACUGUGCCCCUAGCUCAGCACCCGAAGGACCCUCCCCUGUGGCACUCAGAGUGGGUAGGGGGCACAGAGACACUGGCAGGAGUGACGUCUGGUAUCCCCGGGCCCAUACCCUGCUCAGCCCUGGCACCUUAUUUAUUCACCCUGAGUUGCUUGCCAGGGGCUUCGCAGGGAGCCUGUUGAAAUGUGAAUUAAGAAGCGGAUGCUUCUAAGCACCUCACUGAGUGUUGGGGUAGCUCAGGAGCUGCCUGUGUGGGCCAGGCAUGACAUACAUAACUCCUGGUUUAAAGAGCUAGGCUGCCUUUCCUCUAUGGAUGCCCCCUAGAAGUGACUUGGGGUUUUGCAGGACCUGUGAGAAGCCCAGUCCCAGCUUGCACUCAGCAGGUUUCCUGGGAAAGGUCUGACCCAGAGGCAGUCUGUGCCUGCCUUGGGGGGUAUCUCAGAGAGGUCCCUGGGUGAGGGCAUGUGGCUAGAAGGUUCUAGAACACCACUGGGUCUAAUAGCAGGCUGUUGAUGGAACAUGGGGUGUGAGGCUUUGGUGGACACCCGAGGGGGAAACCGUAGCUCCUGCACGUGCAGGCUGGCCCUCCCCCUCCCUGCAGCUUAGAGACAGCGGGGUGCAGGGUGUGGUGGAUUUCACACCUCUUAGGAGCAGCAGGGUGCAGGCAGCACCUGAGCCCCAGGCUCCCCCGGGACCAGCUCACACCCCCAGCAUGUGGAGUGCAGACCUAGGGCCCCUGGGGAGGACACACCGCCUGCCGGCCUCAUCUCUGGUGUAGAUGUUGCCAGCUGGCUCGUGUGAAUGUGGAGCAGAGGGUAGGCGGCCAGCGGGGGACCUACAGGGGGGCUGGGUCCUGCGCAGGUGCAGGAUGGAGGACUGGUGGUGCAUGCGGGAGGCUGGACAGAGGCUUGGAGGAAGAGGGGCUGGAUGCAGAACCAGAGGAGCAGGUGCUGGGAACAAAGCCAGAGACCCAGCAUGGUGACUUUGUCUUGUCUACAGCUGUAUCCCCCAGCUGGGCACACAGUAGGACCACAAUAAAGCCUGAUCUGUA